CUAUCUGCGUGGGUCUCUCCGGGUGUCUCUGAACCGGGCGGUGACGGUGUGACAAUGGAGCACAACCAAAGAGACGCAAACAAACAGCCCAACCGAGUCCCCUCCAGCGGCGGCCCGUCAGGAGAACCCCGAUGUGAGCGGACACCUGAGGAUCCGAACCGGGACUCACCUGACAGCGGGAACCCACAGCCGACCGGCAGAGAGCCGCAGUACUCAGCCGGAUACACCAUGAUCCCUCCAAAUGAGUCCAAGAGAGACAAGCUCCUCAGAGAUGUUCAGAAAGAAGAGGAGACUUGCAAGCGAUGGAAAGAGGCAAACCGAGUUCACACUGUGCACAUGACUCCAGAGACGCUGGGUGGCAGCGCAACAUUGUCUGAAGCCAGAGAGAGGCAGCAGACAGACUUACGCUACUCCAAACAGCAGAAGAUGCUGAAAAAGAUAGAUUCGGACAGGAAGAAGAGACAAGAGGAGGAGGAGGAGUACCAGAAGAUGAAAGAUAUACAGAGGGAGAAGGCUGAGCGCCUGGAGGAGAGGAAGCAGCAGGAUGAGCAGAGGAGGAGGGAGCAGCUCAGCCAGGAUCACUCCAGGAAGACCGAGCUCUUUCUGCAGAGGUUUGAGAGGACAGCCUCAGGUCCACCGGCACCCAGCUGUGCAGCGCACACGUCAUCCAGGAGCGAGGCCGUGGAGGGUAACCAGAGAGAGGAGUCGAAAGGUAGAGACGUACAGCAGGAUCACAGGAGGGUGAACCAAGCCUUUCUGGACAAUCUCGAGGGUCAGCCCGGGGGGAGCGAGAAGGAGACAAAGGAGGGUUUUGGACACCAGCCGUCGAACCCCCCUGGACAACAACGGCCCCCCGCUCAGCUGAACCAACACCCAGAUCAGAGCUCCUCCGACUGCUGGACAGAUGAUGCCGAUCCAGAUUAUGAUUGGGCCUUGGAGGAAUUGAUGACCAGCUUUCCAGACUACAACAGGGCCUUCCUGGAGGACAUCCUGGACCAAUGCAACAGCGAUUACGAGGAGGCCUUCACACUGCUGAAUAUACGUUGAAUUAAAUGUUAUGCGUGCUUAAAUGGGAGGACCGUCUCUCUCUUAAUAUUGAGUUUGACACUUGGGGGGGGGUUGAGCCAAGUGAAAAUUAUAACCAGCGUUCACGAGGAUAAAGACUAUGGCGGUGGAUGUAAACGCUGAAAGCUGCAUCAAACAUAUACCUACAGAGCAGCGAGUGCUGCUUUUAAUCUGUGUUUGAUUAAGCCAUUAAUCAUUGCGCGCUUGCUGUCUUGUAUCUGUCUGCAUGCACUCGUGAGUCACGUCGGGCCUUCGCCCUGACGAAGAGUUGAAUUGAUGUUCGUUUUCGCCAGUUUAGCUGAAGGUCAUCGUCGUGACUCACAAUCGUCAGAUCAUAUGCGGGACGCUUAAUCAAAACCGUGUGCGCAGAUGGAAGAGAGCUCUCCCCACAUACGUGAUGCUUUUUGUUUGUCUUAUAAUCAAAGUCACAUGGGACGUAUCUAUUGCAGGAUUCUUCGGGACAACAAAAGAUUUUUUAAAUAUCCAAAUGGGAUUUUCUGCACGAAAAAGGUUUUGAGCACGAAAGCUUUGGAGGACUUCAAUAAAACAGCUUCUUGUGAACGCUGUCAUGACCCGGAGUUUCUGUCUUGUUUUGUGUCUUAUUUUGAAGUCCUUGUGUCAUCUGUCUCCCUGUGAUUGUCUGCCCUGGUCCUGAUUGUUUCCACCUGUGUGAUUACUGGCCCCGCCCUCAUUGUGUCCACCUGUGUCUCGUUCCCCGAUGUCCAAUCACCUCCGCCUGCCCGUGUAUUUAAACCCUGUUCCUCUCAUUCCCCAGGGUGGCUUCGUAAUGUUUAGUUUGUCAUACUGUUGAUGUGUGUAACCUCUAAGUGGAGAAUUAAAUAUUUCUUUGGAAGAAGUU